AUGACUCCCAACUAUCUUCAAGUUCCUGAGCCCGGGUAUGAAGGAUCUUUUGCUGCUACCAGUAGUGCUGGCGGUGAUUCGAACGAAAUCGUGGCCAAUCCUCAUCACUCGAAUCGCCGAUCAUGGCCAGGAAUGAGCGCUCACACCCCCAACCGGCUGUCCGUAUCCAGUCAGUUCCCUGAGACAGGCCCCCAACUGUCUGCUUUCGGUUCCAUUGCCACCAACCGGGCCUCUCUUGUGAGCCUGCCGGAUGGACCGAGCAAUCCGCUGUCUUUCAUCUAUUCAGAAACUGGAACCGCUGUCGAGGCGCCAUUGUACGGUGCAGAUUUUUUCGGAGAUCUUUCACAGCUGGAGUCACCUGGCGGAGGAGAAAGUUCAAGGACGGGAUCGAGCUAUGACAAACCCGAAGAUCCAUCUCCGGAUCCGAACAUCCUGGUCAACGCAUCUCUCCAGAGACUCGAAGAGCUGCAAGGACCAUAUAAGAUCUUGAAUCUCGAAUGGCGGAAUGAGUUCCGAGACAUAUUGGCAGUUCCCGAUUCUAUGCCAGACUCUAUUCUUGAGAGGAUAGGCUUAACACAUGAACUCGUCAUGGCAUACAAAGAGAGGCUGGAACCGGUCAGAGAAAUUACUCUGCCGGAAGCGUUUGAGGUCGGUGUAGCUGAGGGUUACUUACAAAGCACGGAGCAGGUACUUGCAAUGUACUGCAAAAUCAACGCGGAUACUAUGUUCAGUCCCAGAUACCAAGUUGACCCAUCGAACAUGUCCGGGUCCCAGGUAGAAGCCAAUCGCCCCGGAAACGCGCUUUCCCCUGGUUCACGCCAUCAGUCUCGAGUUCGCGGGGAAGGAGGCAGGAAUGUCCUCGCUAGCCUCGCUUCAGCUCUGUACCUCUGUCUCACUCACCUCAUAAUGGAUCAUUCAUGGCAGUCUACAACGUGUGACAACUUUACCUCGAAUCAGUCCACCCUACAAGACAUCUCAGCCUGGAAUGCGCCCGCUUCGUCAAUCAUAUAUCAUUCAGCAAAGUCGCAUCUGCUGAGCGAACUAUCGUUCACUGGUCUCUUCCCCCGAACGGCUGAGGAGGAGUCUAAGCAAAGCUGGGAUACUUAUGAUCAAGCAGAAAAGAAGGCAGCAGCGGUAUCUAGACGACGCAAGGAAGCGGAAAAGCCUUUGGAAACCGUCGCCAAGUACGCUGUAACAGAACUCGAGAGGACUUACAACCGUCAAGAACAGCCCUGGGCUGACGGUUGGAAUGAUGUGUUCUCGAAAAUACUUCGGAGUGUCAAACCCAUGCCACCGACGAUACUGUACAUGAUCAGACAUCACCCGGAUGGCAUCAGAACGGUGGGAGCAUUUCAUGAAGAGGAGUCGCGAGUUUUGGGAAUACGCUACCAAGGCGAAUGGGCUCGCGUCACAAAUAACAUCCACUCCUUUCCCUUCAACGAGGCCAUGCGUUACAUUUGGCGUGUCAAACGAGUGCUGCGGAUAUUCUGUGAGACCAGGCACGACCUGAUGGUCUUUUUCACCCCCGAGCAAGCUCUCACGCCGAACGUGUUCACCUAUCCGAAACGCUAUGACCAGGAGGAAUAUCCGGAUAUGUGGGAUGACUCACACAGUGAAGCCAUGGCGCGGAUACCUAUACCAUCAGUGCUCGACGAUCGGUCGAGAAUGUAUUCAUGA